AAUCUCACCCGGCAAUUGCUAUGUCGUAUACAAAUAACGUGUUAAGUGCAUGUUUAUUGUAUUCGUUAUUUAUUCAGAUAAGUACACAAACGACACCAAGCCAGUCGUACAUAAACAGAGAAUAUUUGGCAAUAAAGAAGCAACAACAUGAAACCCUUCAGUUACUGACGUCAUUACAGAAGACUGUUACAGCGUUACAGACUCAGGUGAAAACAGUUGCUGUCAAAACAUUCGUCCUUGAUUCGAACGAACGUGUGCGUGCUAAUGCCAUAGACGUGUUAUAUAAUAAAACAUUCGAAACAGAGAAAGUUUUGACGAGCCUUGAUAUUCAAACACAGCAAUUGAAAGAACAACUUGAACUCAACCGAAAUGAGACGAGUGCCCAUGAGGAAACUUUACAAGAGAUCACCCGUACGGGAAUUGUGAAUCAUGAGACACUAAAUAAACAAAUAGCAUUGAGCCAGGAAAGAGUGGCAGUAACAAUGUGUGUGUCUACUGAUGGCGAACGACAAAGCCGACAGAUAAUCAAGUUCGAUGAGAUACGAUUUCACAUUGGAAUAAUAAACUUUUCUUCGAUAAGAUCUUCUGGAGUUUUCACAACUGAAAAACCUGGUUUAUAUCAUAUAUCUGCGGUGAUCAAUGGACGAAAAGCGAAUGCACAAUUUUCUAUUCAUGUAAACGGAAAUACAUUAUCUACUUUGCGCAUGUCAAGUGAUGAUUUUAUUGCGACCGGUACUUCUGUUGUUGUGGCUGAACUACAGAUUGGUGACGUCAUAUCAGUUACUGCUGAUUCUACAUUCCAAGUAUAUACCCAUUGGUCUUGUAUGACAGUUGUGAAAAUUAAUUAAAAGUUUAUAAAAAUCCAAAUUACAUUUUUUCAUAGU